AUGACUGAAGAAGAAGACAUUGACAGCUACAUGGUUAGAGUUAAUGAAGUUGUGAACUCUAUCAGGGGAGUUGGAGAAACUCUUGAGAAUUCCGUGGUAUGUCAAAAGAUUCUUAGAUCUGUACUACCUAGAUAUGAUUCCAAAGUCUCAGUCAUUGAAGAAGCCAAAGACUUAGAUAUAAUUACACUUGAUGAAGUACAUGGCACACUCAAGACUUAUGAAAUGAGAACAGAAAAAGAUGAUGUAGAUGAUCAUGCCAUGUUCAUGGUGUUUGAAGAAAAAGAGAAUGAUUCACCUAGAACAAGCACAACCUCAGAAGAUGAAGAAGAAGAAGAGGUGGACUUUGAAGCUGAGUUGAGAUCUGCUCUCAAAGAGCUCAAGAAAGAAGAAGAUUUUGAAGAGAAGUUAUCACAGAAAACUACAGAAUGCACAAAGCUUGAAUCAGAAAAUCUAUCUCUGAAAGCUAAAUUGGAAGGAGAGUCCAAUAUCUUAGCUGAAUAUUCUGAUUUUCAGAAGGAGAUUGAUGCUCUCAAGGCAAAGGUAGCAGAGUUUGAGAAUGACUCAAGUAUACAUGACAUAGAAACAUCUUCACAAGUGCAUCCUAGUAGCAAGAAGCUUGAUGAAAUCCUUAGUUCUCAGAGAUCAACUCACAACAAAUUCGAUCUUGGAUUUGUAGGAGAAUCAUCAAAGAGUGCCAAGGAAAAAGAAAAAAGCACAGCUCAGAAUCCCAUUACUGUGAAAGACAAGAGAGUUGAGAAAAACAGGUGCAUCCUAGUAGCAAGAAGCUUGAUGAGAUCCUUAGUUCUCAAAGAUCAACUCACAACAAAUUCGAUCUUGGAUUUGUAG